AUGAUAAUUUUAAAAAUUAGGAUAUAAUGCACUAACAAAUUGCAUGCAAAUGCUAUUGAUCAAAAUUAAAGAAUAAAAUUUAUCCACCUGCUUAUUAAAGUAUUUUCUCUUUUUGACAUAAAAAAACCCAUCAGCCAAUAAAUAGAUCAAUCCUAAGAUGAAGCUCAUACUCUAAAAUUAGCAUUGCAAAACUAUAUUAACUAUAAAAACUAAGCUGAAUAUUGGCUAACUAAUAUGAUAAGGUUUUCCAUAAAAAUCAUGCUAAUAGUAUGUUGUGUAAUUGUAAUCGCAAUCGCUAAUAAGCAAAUCUUUAAAUAUAAAAAGAAUAUAUUUUAAUAUAGUUAUUAUUAAUAAUUAAUUAAUUACUUAUGA